AUGGGGUUCAUUCUUGACUAUGCUACCGUCUCCGAGGAGGAGGACUCGUUUCUAGAGCUCCCCGAAGAUGAGGGCCUUACUGUUCAGCUUCCAUGGUCACUAGAAGCUUGCAAUUUCACGGAGUCGAAUGUCCUGAUCUGGACAUAUGAUUUUGGGAAAUUUUUACCGCUCGGCGAAGCUUAA